AUGUACAGAGCGGGGGACCUGGGGGAGCGGCCGCUGCUCGGGACGGCGCCCCCCCGGAUGCGGAGCGUGGAGGUGGCUAGAGGAAGGGCGGGGUACGGAUUUGCGCUUUCCGGGCAGGCGCCCUGUGUGCUCAGCUGUGUCAUGAGAGGCAGCCCUGCGGAUUUUGUGGGCCUCCGUGCUGGCGACCAGAUACUUGCUGUCAACGAGAUCAACGUGAAGACAGCGUCCCAUGAGGACGUGGUGAAGCUAAUUGGGAAAUGUUCUGGUGUCCUGCACAUGGUGAUUGGUGAGGGCAUCGGCCACCUGGAGUCCUGCUCCAGUGAUGAAGAGGUUGGGUUUUAUGAAGGUAAAGGCUGGCUGAAGCCCAAGCUCGACUCUAAGGCGUUAGGUAUAAACAGAGCAGAGAGAGUCGUUGAGGAAAUGCAGUCCGGAGGGAUUCUCAACAUGAUCUUUGAAAACCCUGGUCUUCGAGCAAGCAGUUCAGAGCCCUUGAAGUUGAAACAAAGAUCCCUUUCAGAAUCAGCCACUGGGCGAUUUGACCUUGGCCAUGAAAGUGUAAAUAAUCCAAAUACCAGCCUGCUUUCUAAGGAGGAGAUACCGAGAGUUGUGAAUGAUGAUUCUGUUUUCAGCGUUGGGCUGGAGACUCACGAAGACUUUGGGGUGGACGCGAGCAUUUUGAACGUGGCCAUGGUUGUGGGCUACUUGGGCUCCAUCGAGCUGCCGUCCACCAGCUGCAGCCUGGAAUCAGACAGCGUGCAGGCCAUCCGGGGCUGCCUGCGGCGCCUGCGGGCCGAGCAGAAGAUCCACUCGCUGGUGACCAUGCAGAUCAUGCACGACUGCGUGCAGCUCUGCACGGACAAGGCCGCUGUCCUGGCCCGAUACCCGGCCGAGAGGCUGGCGUUCAGCGCCGUGUGCCCAGACGACAGGAGGUUUUUCGGGCUGGUGACCAUGCAGGCGGCCGACGACGGGAGCCUGGCGCAGGAGGAGGAGGGUGCUUUGCGGACGUCCUGCCACGUGUUCAUGGUGGACCCGGACCUGUUCAGUCACAAGAUCCACCAGGGCCUCGCCCGGCGCUUCGGGUUUGAGUGCACGGCCGACCCUGACACCAACGGCUGCCUGGAGUUCCCCGCGUCCUCGCUUCCAGUCCUGCAGUUCAUCUCCGUGCUAUACCGGGACAUGGGCGAACUGAUUGAGGGUGUGCGGGCCCGGGCCUUUGCGGACGGGGACGCAGACGCUCACCAGAACACCAGCACCAGCAGCAACAGCGACAGUGGCAUCGGGAACUUCACCCACGAGGACAGAAGCAGCCGGGUGCUCGUGCUGGACCUGGGCGCCAGCUCGAGCAGGCACGGCCCCAGCGGCAGCGCCUGGGAGGGUGUGGUCGGGCGGGGCUCCCAGCCCUGGGGCGGCCCCUGGAACGGGGCCUUCGGCCACGACCCCGAGGGGGCCCCGUUUGAGGCCGCUCCGCAGGCCGACAGGUGCCGGGACCUCGGUAAGCACCUGGGGCCCACUCCUCACGUGGAAGGCCCCCCGGCCUCCUUGCGGUGCUCGGUUCCUUCUUCCAAGAGGGGCGCCGCGGGCCCCGGUGGUGGCUUUGGCCAGCGGUGGCUCCCGGUCCACGUCCUGCAGGAGUGGCAGUGCGGGCACACCAGCGACCAGGAGUCUUACACGGACUCUACUGACGGCUGGUCCAGCAUCAACUGUGGCACGCUGCCCCCUCCCAUGAGCAAGAUUCCCGCUGACCGCUACCGGCUGGAGGGCAGCCCUGUGCAGCCCGUGCCCAGCACCCAGAAAAGGGACUGGGCCAGGAAGGCUCUCGGGAUGCAGAACAUUUUCGGCCCCCAUCGAAAUGUUAGAAAGACUAAGGAAGACAAAAAGGGCUCAAAGUUUGGGCGGGGCAUUGGACUCCUGCCACCGGCUCAGCGUACCUCUGCCCGGAGAUCUUUCGGGAGGUCCAGGAGGCUGAGCAUCACCCGCUCCCUCGAUGAUCUUGAGUCUGCAACUGUGUCUGAUGGUGAGCUGAACGGCGCCGACCUGAAGGACUGCGUGAGCAGCCACAGCCUGAGCAGCAAUGCCAGCCUCCCCAGCGUGCAGAGCUGCCGGCGCCUGCGUGAGCGGAGGGCUGCCAGCUGGGCCGUGUCCUUCGAGCGGCUUCUGCAGGACCCGCUCGGAGUUCGCUACUUUUCCGAUUUUCUAAGGAAGGAAUUCAGUGAAGAAAACAUUUUAUUCUGGCAGGCCUGUGAAUAUUUUCAUCAUGUUCCCGCACAUGACAAAAAAGAGCUCUCCUACAGGGCCCGCGAGAUCUUCAGUAAAUUCCUGAGCAGCAAAGCCACCACGCCGGUCAACAUCGACAGCCAGGCCCAGCUGGCGGACGACAUCCUCAGCGCCCCGCACCCCGACAUGUUCAAGGAGCAGCAGCUCCAGAUCUUCAACCUGAUGAAGUUCGACAGCUACACUCGCUUUCUGAAAUCGCCGCUGUACCAAGAGUGCAUCCUGGCGGAGGUGGAGGGCCGCCCGCUGCCCGACGCGCAGCAGGUCCCCAGCAGCCCCACCUCCAAGCACAGCGUCAGCUCCGACCACUCAAACACGUCCACGCCAAAGAAGUUGAAUGGAAAAUCGAAAUCAGGACGGUCCCUGAAUGAAGAGCUGGGGGAUGAGGACAGCGAGAAGAAACGAAAAGGAGCGUUUUUCUCUUGGUCAAGGACCAGGAGCGCCGGGCGGUCCCAGAAGAAGGGCCAAGGUGACCGUCCAAGGGACCCCGUGCACACCAACGGAGGCCUGGGCCGCCGGGAGUCGCAGGGCUCCAUGACCUCGGCCGGGAGCCUGGACCUGCCAGAGGCCUGCAGGACCCUGGCGCCCGAGAAGGACAAGGCCGCCAAGCACUGCAGCAUCCAGCUCCCCGACGGGACGGCCUGCGUGGUGCUCGUCAGGGCGGGGCUCUCCAUCAAGGAAGUCCUGGCCGGGCUCUGUGAGCGACACGGCAUCAACGGGGCUGCCGUGGACCUCUUCCUGGUGGGCGGGGACAAGCCUCUGGUGCUGCACCAGGACAGUAGCAUCUUGGAGUCUAGGGACCUGCGCCUAGAAAAACGCACUUUAUUUCGGCUGGAUCUGGUGCCGAUUAACCGGUCUGUGGGACUCAAGGCCAAGCCCAGCAAACCAGUCACGGAGGUGCUGCGGCCCGUGGCGGCCAAGUAUGGCCUGCGCCUGAGCGAGCUGGUGGCCCGGCUGAGUGGAGAGAAGGAGCCCCUGGACCUCGGAGCCCCCAUCUCGAGUCUGGACGGACAGCGGGUCAUCUUGGAGGAGAAGGACCCCUCCCGAGGGAAAGCAUCCACAGAUAAACAGAAAAAUGUGCCCCUCAAACAGAGCGCAGCUGUAAAUGCCAGCUCCAGAAAUCACUCGGCUAUGGGAGAGGAAAGAACACUAGGCAAGUCUAAUUCUAUUAAAAUUAAAGGAGAAAAUGGAAAGAAUGCUAGGGAUCCCCGGCUUUCAAAGAGAGAAGAAUCUAUUGCAAAGAUUGGGAAAAAAAAAUAUCAGAAAAUUAAUUUGGACGAAGCAGAGGAGUUUUUUGAGCUCAUUUCCAAAGCUCAGAGCAACAGAGCAGACGACCAGCGCGGGCUGCUGAGGAAGGAGGACCUGGUGCUGCCCGAGUUCCUGCGUCUGCCGCCUGGACCCCCGGGGCUCGCCCUCUCCCCCUCGGCCGCCCCCAAGGCCUUCUGCACGAGACCCACAACAGGCCACAGCGAGGAGAGCGCUCCCCGGCCCCGCGAGAGCCCGGCCACCAGCCCUGGCUCUGCCGACAGCCCGCCUCUCUGCUCCCCCGGCACCCCCAGCCCCCCGGCGCAGGCGGCGGAGGCCGGGGGCGUCCAGACCGUGGAGGGCGAGCAUGUGGCCGACCUGACGCUCACAGGGGAGGGGCACAUCAGCAGCCCUAACAGCACGUUCCUGCCGCCACCCCCCACCCCACCGGGCUCGGCCGCACCUCCGAGACCAGGAGGUGGGGCCCGAGGCAGCCGAGGCCUCCCAGUCAGCACGAUCAUCGACGUGGACCGUGUGGCUGGCUCGGCACCUGGGCCGGGCAGCAGCGUCCCGGGGGUGUGGACGGGCCCCCGGAGGUCACGGGCCGGCGGGACCCUGACAUCAGACCGCCCCGGCCUGAGCCCCGUCCUGGGGGGACCUGCCAAGCCCAAGGCCGGCCCACACCACGCCACCUUCGUCUGA